AUGGGCGGUUUAGGGUUUUUGAAUCCAAAAUUGCAACAAGGUGUCCUUCAGCUCCAUUGGCUUCGACCUCUGUUCCAAUCCACUUCAUCUCCUUCUGGCCUGAUAAUGCCUUGGCUGCUAUAUCUUUUUUGGCAUUGUCUGCCUGAUGUCUAUCCCCAUCUUCCUUUCAUUUUUCCUGACCUCAGACACCCUCGAUUCCGCACUUAUACCAAUCCUUUCUUUAAUCCUUUUCCUUUUCUCAUUCUCCACACAUCCUCCGCAAAGUCCUUCAGCAGGUGGUUGAUCAUUAUCUUUUCCUUCGCGCAUUUGUCAUUCGCACUUGCCUGCCUCAAACCAUCAAAUGGCAUCAAUUCUGGUCUUUUGUCCUUCCAUAUGCCUCUUUCAACACUUGGUUCUGGCUGCUUCACCACAAGAUCUCAUAUCGAUCAGUGCUGCAUUACCGUAUUCCCACCUUAUUUCCCUCCCCUAAUUGUUCACUUUGUGGAACAGAAAUUGACACUCAAGAUCAUUUUCUUUACGCAUGUCCACUCAAGCUUCCUCUCUGGCACACACUCUGGCUCGCACAUUUUGGCUUUUCCUCUGUUAUUUAAAUUAAAAGUACAGACACUCAAUAAAUACGUCAAAGCUAAUCUAAAGAAUGAUUGCUGA